AUGUCUCUUACUAAUCUUCAAAAUCUCACCUUGAAUAUUUUAAAAGAAACAAAACAUAACAUAGUACAAGAUAUCGUUGUUACAGAAUUGCCAUCAUGUAAACUAUGUGAAAACAAAAUAUUAUUUGUUAAUUUCGAAUUAUUUACAAUACUUUCAUGUGGACAUACAUAUUAUAGAAAAUGUAUAGAAAAAAAUUUUUUACUUACAACAGAAAACAAAUGCCCUUUAUCUGAUUGUAAUAAAAUCAUUGAUCCAGUAGUAUCUGAACGAAGGUUUUCCAAAUCAUCAUCUCAGUCUAGUGGAACUUCUGCUCUGACUAAAAUGUUAGGCGAUGACUUUGGAUUAGGUUCUCCAAUGGCUGUAUCACCAUUAUUAGGUCAGAAAGACCCCCCACUCUGUGAGACAGAAGGUAGUCACAAUAAUAAUCCAAUAUUAAUUGAGAGUAAAACACAGAAAAAGCAUGUUAGUGAUGCUAGUAAUAAGUCAUCAAGUAAGAAAGCAAGAAAGCAGGUUAAAAAAGAAGAUUCACCUACAUUAAAAAAACUUAUAAGCGAAUUGACUACUGAUGCUUCUGAAAUCUCAAAACUCAAUGAUAAUAUUACCCAUGUAGAAUCCAAAAAUGAAAGCACAAAUCAGGAACUCAUUCAGUGUUAUUACUCCUUUGGGGAUAGUUUAUCAAUGCGCAUAAAUUAUUAUAAAAAUUUGAAACAUGGAGACUUAACAUCCCAAGCAUUAGUUAAUGAAGAGGUUCGGGAACAAAUUGGUGAAAAAAUUUCUAAUGAUACUCUUCGUAAAAGAACCGAAAAGGCGUGGAAAAUAUAUGCUCUUUUUAAUAGUAUUUUUAAAGAUAGGGGAAAAGAAAUGAUAGUUUGUAUUAAAACAUUUUCAGCAUCAUCUAUAUCAAAAUUAAGUUGGGAAGAGAUUGAAUACGUAAUAGCCAGGGUAAUUCGUUCUAAUCAAUAA